GAUCAAGCUGCCUGAUGCGGUUACAAGUUACCAUAAUGGUGGAGAACGACCUCAUUGUGCAGCUACAGGUAAGCUCUUGAGCAGGGUUCAAGCGAAUUGUUCAAGCUCUCGGGGUAAGUGCUUUUUUCUCUCUUAAACUCUUUGAAUCCCGCCUGCCUGCCGUUGCCGUUCCCUCGCGCAGGUCGAUUGUUUCCCAAAAUCAUCAUGAGGCUCUCACUCGUUGCUUUGGCCCUGGGCCUUUCCUCGCUCGUUUCCGCCAAGCAGAGAAGUGCUCAACAUGUUGGAAAGAAGCAUCUCGAUGAGAAGAGGACUACAUUUGCGCCGCGGUCAGCUCCAGCUCAUGCGCAGCAUGAGAAGCGCGCCGGAUCUCAGUACUUGACCAACGCAACCGCACCAUUUGCGGUCAACGGCAGCGCUAUCCCACUGGUCCCAUUCGACGUUGGCGAGUCUUAUGCCGGUCUUCUCCCCAUCUCCGACGCAGCAAAUGCGUCGGAGCUGUUCUUCUGGUUCUUUCCGUCCGAGAAUCCAGCUGCAAGCAAUGAAAUCCUCAUCUGGCUGAACGGUGGUCCGGGCUGCAGUUCCUUGGAAGGGUUUCUCCAAGAAAACGGACCGUUCCUUUGGCAAUAUGGCACAUUCGCACCUGUGCCAAAUGUGUGGUCGUGGACAAAUUUGACGAAUAUGGUCUGGGUUGAGCAACCCGUCGGAACUGGCUUCAGUCAAGGCACCGUUACCGCAACCUCCGAACUCGAUAUCGCCGCUCAAUUCUUGGGCUUCUUCAAGAACUUUGUCGACACCUUUGCUAUGCAAGGCUACACCGUCUACAUUGCAGGCGAAUCAUACGCAGGAUACUAUGUGCCUUACAUUGCGGAUGCCAUGUUCAACGCCAGCGACACUGAGUACUACAACAUCAGCUCGAUCAUGAUCUACGAUCCCAGCUUGAGCUACGAUGUCGUGCAAGAGCAGAUCCCAACGGCGGCGUUUGUUGACUACUGGUCCAACUUGCUCGAUCUGAACGAGACCUUCACUGCACAAUUGCACAACAUGUCCCACGUCUGUGGAUACGAUACGUUCCUCGAUGAGGCUCUUACCUUCCCACCUAAGGGACCGUUGCCCACGCCUCCUAAUGUCGACCUCAGCGACGACAGCUGCGACACCUUUGAUCUUACCUUCAACGCCAUCUCCGAAGUCAACCCGUGCUUCGACAUCUACCAGGUAGCCACGACGUGCCCUCUGCUGUGGGACGUAUUGGGCUUCCCCGGAUCGUUCGACUACGUGCCUGACGGAGCUUUCAUCUACUUCAACCGCACCGACGUCCAGGAGGCCAUCCAUGCCCCGAUCAUGGAGUGGGAGGAAUGCUCCAACGGCGACGUAUUUGUCAACGGAACGGACAACUCCCCACCGUCUGCGCUGAGUGUUUUGCCCAGCGUGAUUGAGCAGGCUGACCGGGUUAUCAUCGGUCACGGUAUUCUCGACAUGGUGCUCAUCUACAACGGCACUUUGGUCGCCAUCCAGAACAUGACCUUCAAUGGCGGCCAGGGCUUCUCGGUUCCACCAUCAGAGUUUGAUGACUUCUACGUGCCUUACCAUGUCUCAUAUGACAAUCAGCUGGGAGAUAUAGCUGGAGCGGGCAACAUGGGUCACUACCACACUGAGAGAGGAUUGACCUUGGUGACUGUGCAGCUUUCCGGACACAUGAUUCCUCAGUAUGCUCCAAGCGCAGCGUACAGACAGCUCGAAUUCUUGUUGGGACGGAUCCCGAGCUUGGGAACGAUAGGCCCGUUCACCACAAUGAACGGAACGAGUUACUGAUGAUGAGAGCGUUGUCAUCAGGUUGGGCAUGAAGCAGGAUGAUAGAUAUGUCUAAUGUAAUAUGAGAUAAUGUCUUAGAGGGGCAAAAGCCUGAACAACAAUGCGGAACGCACAUCAUUCUCUUUUGCGUGCCUUGUGAUUACCUCCUUCCAGCAUAUGUACCUACCAGGUAGGUAGGCAUGCAGG